UAUAAUGAUUUCUUACCAUUGCUAUGUUUCUUAAUUUGGAGUAGUAGAGACAUAGUUUGUUUAAAAACCCUUGUUCGAUACCUCUAUAAUUCUGUGGUCACACACAAGAGCUAGCUGGUUCAUUAUUAAUUAGAAAUUUGCUUUGUAGUUUGUCUCUGUCCACCUUCCUUUUAUCUUUCUUUUUGAUAUUUCAAAUUCUAAGGAAGUUCAUAGACAAGGGUUGAGGAAACAAAAGUAAUUAAACAAUAACAAUGUCGCUUAGUGAUUUAGGUCCUAUAGAGCAAGCAAGGCUUUCAUCAUUUUUGGAAGACUCGGAUUUAACCGUCCCAUUAAACGAAGAGCAACAAGCAAGGGAAUAUGAAGAAGGAUUACCUCUUUCGCGGAGGGUGUGGAAUGAAUCAAAGAAGCUCUGGCAAAUAGUCGGCCCAGCAAUCUUUACCCGAGUUUCUUCCUACUCCAUGUUCAUCAUCACCCAAGCCUUUGCUGGCCAUCUCGGAGACGUUGAAUUCGCUGCUCUAUCCAUUGGUCUCAAUGUCAUCCUUGGCUUCGACAUCGGUCUUAUGUUGGGGAUGGCAAGUGCUUUAGAGACACUCUGUGGGCAAGCCUUUGGGGCCAAAAAUUACUACAUGUUGGGUGUAUACAUGCAACGUUCAUGGAUUGUCCUGUUCCUUAGUGGUAUUGUGCUUUUGCCGAUGUUUCUGUUUGCCAGCCCGUUACUAAAGCUUUUGGGACAGCCUACAAAUGUAGCAGAACUAUCAGGGGUAGUAGCUCUGUAUUUGAUACCGCUUCAUUUCUGCUUCACGCUUCAGUUUCCAUUGCAGAGGUUCUUGCAGAGCCAGCUGAAGAAUAAAAUGAUUGCUUGGAUGUCACUGGCAGUGUUUGUGGUGCAUGUGGUUCUGAGCUGGUUGUUUGUUUAUAAGCUCAAAUAUGGACUGGUUGCUACCGUCCUUAUUUUGAACUUUUCAUGGUGGUUGCUGGUGCUGAUUCUUCUGGUUUACAUAUUCUGUGGUGGGUGUCCGUUAACUUGGGCUGGCUUCUCAAUGGAAGCAUUUUCAGGUCUCUGGGAGUUUCUCAAACUCUCUGCUGCUUCUGGUGUCAUGCUCUGCUUGGAGCAUUGGUAUUACAGAAUACUGAUAGUGAUGACUGGAAAUUUAAAGAAUGCAGAGAUUGAAGUGGAUGCUUUGUCCAUAUGCAUGAGUAUCAAUGGAUGGGAGAUGAUGAUUCCUCUGGCAUUUUUUGUUGGAACCGGAGUGAGAGUGGCAAAUGAGCUUGGAGCAGGAAAUGGAAAAGCAGCCAAGUUUGCUACAAUAGUAUCCGUAGUGACAUCCACAAUAAUUGGGCUAUUCUUCUGGCUCAUAAUUAUGAUAUUCCAUAAUGAGAUUGCCAUGAUAUUUUCUACAAGUAAACCUGUUUUGGAAGAAGUAAGCAAACUGACUUUUCUUUUAGCCUUCACAGUUCUGCUCAACAGUAUUCAACCUAUUCUUUCUGGAGUGGCUGUGGGAUCUGGAUGGCAAUCCUACGUUGCAUAUAUAAAUAUAGGCUGCUAUUAUCUGGUUGGAUUACCGCUUGGUUAUAUGAUGGGUUGGGGCUUUCACAAUGGAGUCAAGGGAAUUUGGGCUGGCAUGAUGUUCGGUGGGACAACAGUUCAAACGGUGAUGUUGGCCAUUCUUACCAUACGAUGUGAAUGGGAAAAAGAGGCAGAGAAAGCAAGUAAGAAUAUAAUGAAGUGGUCGAAAAUGGAGCAAGAACAAUGAUAUUUAGCUAGAUAUGGAAUAUGGAUUUAUAAGAAAUCUGAGUUUUAUUUUUGUGCCCCAUUAUAGAAAUUGAUAUUUCUUUCGAUCCAUUUCAAAGUGGCCAUUAUAAGUCAAAAUGUAAGAUGCAUAUGGUUUUUACAUAGGGUGACAAUUACGGUACCAUACUGUUCCAUUCCCUUAAAUACCUUUCCUACAAUCCAUUUGCAAAAGGUUAAUAUAAUAUGAAAGUUGAUUGGCGUUAUAAAGCCAUAUUUGUAAUACAUUUUGCAAGUAAUCAUAAUAAAGUAAAAUCUAA